AUGGAUCCAGAAAGAUCAGUAGAGGACCAAUUCUCCAAGUUACAUCCUUGCAUGCCAGUAAACACCAGAAUUGGAAUAGUGGGUGCUGGUCCAAGUGGCUUAUCGGCUGCUUAUGCACUGGCCAGGCUUGGUUAUAAUAAUAUCACUGUCUUGGAGAAACAUCAUGCAGUUGGUGGCAUGUGUGAAUCAGUAGAAAUUGAAGGAAAAAUUUACGAUCUUGGAGGUCAAGUUCUUGCUGCAAGCAGUGCUCCAAUCAUCUUUAACUUGGCAAAAGAGACAGGCUCUCCACUUGAAGAAAUGGAUUCUCACAAGCUUGCUAUUAUUGACAGUUCCUCUGGACAAUACCAAGAUGUUAAAGUUGCUGAUGAUUAUGUAUCUGUUAUGUCACUUACAUUAGAAAUCCAAGAAAAGGUGAAGAAUUCUGGUCGUUUUGGGGUCCAUGCAGUUAGUGAAGUUGCUUCAGACCCAACUCCAGAUUAUCUUGAGUGUCAUGGACUCAAACAUGUACCUAAAUCCGUGGCUUAUGGUUACACUGCUUCAGGAUAUGGAUUUAUUCAAGACAUGCCUUAUGCCUACAUUCAUGAAUUUACCAGAACGUCCAUGGCUGGAAAAAUUCGAAGAUUUAAAGGUGGAUAUACAAGUCUUUGGCAGAGGAUUGCUGAAUCACUUCCUAUAAAACUUCACUGUAACACUGAGGUGUUGGCAAUCAAGAGGAACUCUGACAGGGUCAUUGUCAAUGUUAAGAGCUCAAAUGAAAUUGAAACUAUGGAAUUUGAUAAGAUCAUUAUCUCUGGUAACUUUCCAUUAAAAUAUGGAAGAACUUAUAGAUCGGUGCCUUCAACUUGCUUAGAGAGUGAAACAGAAGUAAUGGAUGUAAGUGAGCUUGAAAAGGAUUUGUUCAGCAAAGUAGAAACAAAUGACUACUACACCACUGUUUUAAAGAUCAAAGGGUUUGAAAAUAUGCCAAUUGGAUUCUAUUAUUUUAAUGAAUACAUGGAAGAUCCUAGCACAAUUGGAAAUCCAGUUGCCAUGCAGAAGUUUUAUGCUGACACUAACAUAUUCUUGUUCUGGUCCUAUGGCAACUCCGUCGAUAUUAAGGGACCAAAUGUCACUGAACUAGCAACCAAAGCAGUAGAAGCCAUGGGGGGAGAAGUUGAGAAUUUCAUUCUUCAACGUCGCUUCAAAUAUUUUCCUCAUGUUAGCAGCCAAGACAUGAAAAACGGAUUCUAUGAAAAGUUAGAAUCAGAGCUUCAAGGUUCAAGGAAUACUUAUUAUGUCGGUGGUCUUAUGGCAUUUGAGCUUACAGAGAGAAAUUCAUCUUAUGCCAUGGCUCUGAUCUCCAAGAAGUUUGCCAAUAGCAGUGAUUUUCCAGUAUUUCCAUACACCAAGGUAAUUUGGCAUAUUACUACCCCUGUUUCAUGA